UGGAUGACAGAGAGGGUCACCUGCCAAUCAACGAGCAAAACUGAUGGAGAUGGACUAACGUCCUGGAGACGUCCCAUUUUGGAUUUAAUUACCUGUGCACCUGUAUGAAAUUGCAGGACGUAACCCCACAUCAUUGCAGCGGUAAAGAACCUGCUUUCCUGUCAUCAGGAUAGAAUACUCAGGGCGAUACUCUCUGAAGAACUAGCCGGUGGUGGUCACCAACACCUGCGACCCCCCCCCCCCCCCCCACAUCAGCAACGGCUAAGAUUUCAGCAACACGAAGUGUCACCAACACCAGACACCCCAAUAUAUAUAUUAACGUUGAGUUCAAAUGUUAUUUUAUUCAUUUCAUUUUUCAUUUUUCUUUCAAAUAGGAUGUACCUGUCAUUUUUUAUUGUUUUAUGUUUGCUUUAAUAAAUAAUAAAGUGUUUAUCUUUGUUAAUUAUUAUUUCGUUUUCUAUUCAUUAAUUUUCCUGAGGAGGAGCCAGCUUUGGUAAUACUGUCUGAAGUUAUUACAGAGCUGAGUAAGCCUUCACAUUCAUCUGUAUUGUUGUGUGCACUAAUACCAUUGUGUGUGCUUGUACCAUUGUGUGCACUAGUACCAUUGUUACAUACAAUAUGAUUAUUUUCAGAUGAGUUCAAAGAGCAAAACUGGAGUCUGGGUAAUGUCAUUAGAUACUUUCCUGCCAUAUUCCUGCAUCGUGUGUCCUCCUGAUACUGAUGGUGUGGAUGGUGCGGUUGUGUGCACCGUGGCUGCCCCCUUGGAGCAUGCUACACACCAUGGUGUAGUUAUUGCAAACAAUGAACAAGAUAUUAACAAAAUGGAGUAUAGAAUGCCACUAGAUGAAUUGAGGAAAGUGUGUUCCGAAGGUGUUGGUGCUGUCAUCUCUGGUUUAGUGUUUCUCAGUAGUUCACUGACAGAGAAACUGCUGGGCCUACACACUGUGCCACCUCUCGACCGUUGCACUUACUAUGGCAUGGACAGUGGAGUACCGCCUCUACAGGUAUCCUUCUUUACAUAAAAGGAAACAUUCACUGUGGGGGGUCCCUGCAUUAUAUUAAUGGGCUCUUGAGCCAAGGAAUUUGGGUUUUUGUCCCAUUGGAUCAAACGUGAUUGCUUCCCAUUCUCUACAGGUGUAGCACUUCCCAACGAAGAUAAUAAUAAUAAUAAAAUAAUAAAAUACAGUCUUUCUUCACUUAACGCAGUUCCAUUCCUAAGAGUAGGGUGGUAAAUGAACUGGUCAUUAAGCGAGGAGCAUACUUUACUGGUAGUGGAUUUGUGUUAACCAUCUUUAGAUAGGGAAGAUAGGGAAGCUGUGAUUUCGUGUAUAGGACAAGGAGGAAUAAUAUCUUGUAGGAGUGAGGAAGAGCCAGUUGUGAGUGUGGGGGAAGUUCGUGAGGCAGUAGGUAAAAUGAAAGGGGGUAAGGCAGCCGGGAUUGAUGGGAUAAAGAUAGAAAUGUUAAAAGCAGGUGGGGAUAUAGUUUUG